UCGCGUGGGCAAGAGCGCACUCCAAAUAGCAAACCGGAGUGGUGCACAGCAAUGCAGAUCUGUGGCUAAUGAUAGAUUGACAAGCCUACUACUAAGUCAAAGCUUGUUCUCUAAUGCAUAUGGACUUCUAAGUACAUAAGGUGUUAUCAGUCCACGCAUUCAUUUGAAAAUGGUGAAUGUAUUGCAUACACUCGCGUUCGCUCUGAUUCUUGCGUGGGGUUAUUGUAUUUUGGCCGAGACAACUUUUUUAAACUACACUCUGGAUAACGAGGUUCAUUCCAGCUUUAUUCAGCGUCGCCUGAGGAACCAGGAGCGACGCGAGAUGCAGCGGGAAAUUCUCUCUAUUCUAGGGCUGCCGCACCGGCCGCGGCCGCACAUCGAUACCAAACAAAACGCAGCGCCGAUGUUCAUGCUGGAUUUGUACAACACAAUUUCAAGUGACAGACAACAGCCCACGGGCUUUUCAUAUUAUAAACCGGUGUUCACGACUCAGCCCCCCCCGAUGGUGUCCUCGCAAGACAGCCGUUUCCUCAACGAUGCGGACAUGGUGAUGAGCUUUGUCAAUCUUGUUGGGUUGGAUCAGGAACAACUGUCCUCCCAGCACAACAGGGAAUUCCGCUUUGACAUGUCCCGGAUCCCAGAGGGAGAAGCUGUCACCGCUGCAGAGUUCAGAAUCUACAAGGACUACGCCAGGGAACGCAGUGAAAACGAGACCCUCCGUGUGAGCUUGUACCAGGUGCUACAGGAGCCCUCUUACAGUGAGGAGGACUUGAUUCUGCUGGACACACGUGUGGUGUGGCCUGCUGAGGAAGGCUGGCUGGUGUUUGACAUCACCGCCACCAGUAACCAGUGGGUUGUGAACCCUGAUCAAAACCUGGGCCUCCAGCUGUCUCUGGAGAGCCUGGAUGGCCAAAGUGUGAACCCCAGGCUAGUGGGGCUUGUGGGAGGCAGUGGGCCCCAGGACAAGCAGCCCUUCAUGGUGGCUUUCUUCAAGGCAACCGAAGUCCGCCUCCGCAGUGUCCGCUCCGCCCACGGCCACAAGGGGCGCAACGCCAACCGCUCCAAGAACCCCAAGAAUUCCCAGGAUGCCCUGAAGGUUGCUGAGGCUGCAACAGAGAACCUCAGCAACGACCCAAAACAGGGCUGUAAGAAGCACGAGCUGUACGUGAGCUUCAGAGACCUGGGCUGGCAGGACUGGAUCAUCGCCCCUGAGGGCUACGCAGCGUACUACUGUCAAGGUGAAUGCGCCUUCCCGCUCAACUCGUACAUGAACGCCACAAAUCACGCCAUUGUGCAGACACUGGUCCACUUCAUAAACCCAGAGACGGUGCCCAAACCCUGCUGCGCCCCCACUCAGCUCCACGGCAUCUCAGUCCUCUACUUUGACGACAGCUCCAACGUCAUCCUGAAGAAGUACCGUAACAUGGUGGUGAGAGCGUGCGGCUGUCACUGACUGUCGUCGUGCCUCCCCUUUCAGGGCACGCUGGUGCUUGUGGAGGUAGAGGGGGCAGGGCAUAGGGACUAUUUUACAGCCUAAGUAACUGCUUUAGGUCUGUUAAGACCAAACGUCCCCUGGUAUUGGGAACAAACGAGCAAGUGAAUAAGGAUUGACGAAGAUGCUCUAUAUCGAUGCCUGGGUGCAAUGAGUCGCCCUAGCUCAACUGUAAAGAACUCUGGCAUCUGCGUUGUCUCCCCUGCGUGGUGCAAGAAACCAGGACAUUCGUUGAGAGACCUCAAUGUAUUUUCCACUUAGCACCAUGGAGGACUGAAACAUCACAGACAAUGAGGUGUCAUCGGUUUAUUUAUCAGCGUAUUUAACUGAUGAACAAAGACAGAAAAUGAUGAAUGAUGAAAACCAAAGACAGCCCCCACUCCAGACACAUCGGAACUAAAAUGAAAUUCUAGAAAUGCACAGAAACCGAGCCAAAUUUUGAAUUGUAC